AUGGCGAUAUUCGUAGCCAUCAUGUUCCUUGCCAUGUCUCUGUUUGUCUCAUCCUUAGUGUUGGGAGUCCAGUCAUUUCUGCACCAGCCUCAGCGGUUCCUGUUUGUGGAAGUCGGUGGGGCAGCAGAGAUCCCCUGUUCCUCCAGGGAAGAUUUGCAAAGGGGAGAAUAUGUGCAGUGGUAUUUAAGAAGGGCUGGUGAGGCUCCCAUGUGCAUGAAGGUGUGUGCAGUUGAUACAAAUGGAAGCAAAUUUGCUUGCAAGCAUCAGAUGUACAGCACAACCCUAGAAAUCAGAGACAUACAAAGGCAAGAGUGUGGUGUAUAUUACUGUGCAUAUAACCUCGGCAGCUCCUUGAUUUUUGGAAAUGGAACCACGGUGAUCGUUGGAGACAGCUUCACUGAUAGCAGCUCCGCUCUGCUCCUGGGCCCUGUUGCAGGGGAGAACAGAGCCAGGGAGCCUCCACAUCUGGCCUGUGUGAUCCGGGGCGUCUUCAACCUUGUCCAGGUGUCCUGGCGCAUUCCCACAGAGGAGCCAGCCCAGGGGCUGUGGCGCACACUGGAAGCCAGUGAUGGGUCCUUAACACUCAUCCAUCACAUCAGCAUCCCCUGGGCCAACUGGGCUAGUGGGGUGACCGUCACCUGCCAGGUCGCAUUCAACUCAUCUGGCAGCAGUGUUACCAAACAUGCCAUGUAUUCUGCAUCUGCUUGCAGCGGGUGCAGGCAGGAGGCCGUGCGCUAUGUGGUGGUGGGUGCUGUUGAUGGAGCAAGGGGGAUCCCUGGGGCCAUUCAGCUGGGGACGGGGGCAGUGGUGCUAGGAGCUGCAGGACUCAGGCCUGCUGAUUUCCUCAGCUCCAGGAUGCUGCCUGGGGCAGAAAGCAGCCCUGGGUGUGGAGCUGUGUGA